AUGUUCUUCUGUGCCAUUUCCGGAUCGCCGCCUACGGCUCCCGUCGUUUCGAAGACUUCGGGCACUGUUUACGAGAAGGCGCUGAUCGAGCGGUAUAUCGACGAGAAUGGAACGGAUCCGAUCACUGGCGAGCCGCUGACGAAGGAGGACUUGAUUGACGUCAAGGCCAAGCCCUCGACGCUGCCGCCGCGCCCGUCAACGCAGAACUCGAUCCCAGCGCUCCUGACUGCUCUCCAGUCUGAGUACGACGCGAUCAUGCUCGAGUCUCUGGAGAUCAAGAAGGCGUUUCAGAACUCGCGUGCUGAGCUCGCCAACGCGCUCUACCGGGAAGACGCCGCGACGCGAGUGAUUGCGCGAUUGAUCAAGGAGCGCGACGAGGCGCGUGAGGCUCUGUCGUCGAUCCAGGCGUCGGUUGGUCUUGCGCCGUCUGCCUCAGCGGCUGCUCCGGCGCAGGAUGACGUGGAGAUGGAGAGCGGAGCGCUUCCGAAGGAGGUUGAGCAGGUGCUCGAGGAGACGAACGCCUCCCUGUCGUCGGUCCGCAAAAAGCGCAAGCCGGCCCCGGGCUACGCGAACGCGGAGGCGGUCAAGACGUACGUUCAGGUGAAGGAGAUUGGCUCGAUGCACGGCACCAAGCCCCCGGGAGUGAGCGCGCUCGACCUCAGCAAGGAUGGCAAGACGAUUGUUACCGGAGGAAUGGACAAGGUUGUGCAAGUGUUCGACAUUGAGAACGAGAAGUCGAUCGCCACGCUCAAGGGCCACACCAAGCCGGUUACGCACGUAGAGUUCCGGGAACAGGAGGGUCUCAACCGCAUGGCCGUGUCGACUGCUGCCGACAAGACGGUGCGCUUCUGGGGCGAGGACGGUGGCUCGUGGUCUGCCAAGGGCCACAUCUCUGCCCACAAGGGCGACGUCACAGGCCUUGCGAUCCACCCCUCUGGUCUCUACGCUUCCACUGGUUCGACCGAUAGCACGUGGUCGAUGCACGACAUUGCUUCGGUGAAGACGAUUGCGACGUACAAGCCCGUUGGUGGAGAGGAGGGCUCGUUCUCGUACACGUCUCUCGACAUCCACCCGGACGGUAUCCUGCACGGUCUCGGAACGAAGGACGGCCACAUCCGUGUCUGGGACGCGCGCCAGAACAAUGUUCUUGCCGGCUCGCUUCUGGUCCCUGGCGGCAAGGAGAUCACGACGCUCUCCUUCUCCGAGAACGGCUACUACCUCGCGACGGGCUCGAGCGCGGACAGCCUCGUGAGCGUGUUCGACCUGCGCAAGCUCAAGGUGCUCUCGAGCUGGAACCUGCCGAGCGAGAACUCGGUGCACGAGGUGCGCUUCGACCCGAGCGCCCAGUUCCUCUCUGUUGCCGGCACCGACCUGCGCGUCUACGCGAACAAGAGCUGGGACGAGCUCCUCAAAUUCGACGACAACAACGGCAUCCUCACCGCCGCUCGCUUCGGCAACCUCGGAAGCGAGAUCGUCCUCUCCGGCCUUGACCGCACCGUCCGUGUCCUCGGACAGCAGCAGUAG